GAGGUAUCAAAGCCUGGCGCCAUUGACGUGCGCAGUCUGUUUGGUGCUGUUGUCAUUUUGAUAGCGACGAAGGCAAAGGGUUAGAGGGAAUUUCUCGUUUCCCUCCAAAAGUUCCUAGUCGAAUUAGUCGAGAGUCAAGUAACGAUCGGUUCGCGUGUGCGUCCUGCCGCGUCCUGUCUCUCCUCGCUUGUUCAUAUUCCGUUUCCCAUCCUCGUUGCUGCAAGCCAAGUUUUGACAAGAAAUUUUUUUUCAAUCGUUUCCGUUUUGGUCGGCAGUGUGCAAAAUUCACUUAUCAAUUUCAACCGCUCGUGUGUUUCAUUCUGGGUCAGUUUGAGAGAGAGAUAGAGAGAGCCAUCGAAAAGUUCCAAAAACAACAAAACAACGAUGGGUGAUUCAUUCGUCCGGCAGUCGGGAGUGAUUUGUAUAAAUUUCCAUCUCGAAAACAUUCCAAGGCCGUCGAAAAAAAAGUGGGGAAGAAAAUUAGAAAAGAAAAAAAAAAGUUUAAAAUACAGAUUUCUCUGUGGUUCUUCUAUUUUAAUAUUUAAAACUAAAAAAGACAGCGGCCAUUCUUCUCUGCCUCGCCACGCCAUUCGCGGCGCAUCGUGCCAAAACUCGAAAAAAGAGCAACAAGUUUUCACCAACUUUGCCCCCACAAAGUGAAAAUGGCUUCCCCUUUAGUUUUCUUUCCUCACCGAUGGCUCCUGUUGCUGAUUUGGUUCGCCAUCGUUAACGCCUCUCUGCCAACAUCACCCAGUAACAACGUGACCUGUUCAUCGGUUCGUUCAGCCUAUCGUGCCAAGGGAUCGCCCGACCGAGACGUGCCACAAUCCCAACUACCCAUUGCAGCAGUUUUACAGAUAUUUCCAGGAGACUUAACAAAGAAACAGCCUUGAAUUAUCACGUUCAACCGACCAGCAAUUGACUGGAAGGCUGUGCCUAGAGGAAUCAAACAAUUCAAAAUUCGUUAGCAGGUGUGCACAGUUAGUCUUAUACAGUUUUCCAACAAGGGAAGAAGUUGAGAUUUGUCGCUUCCAAAAACGCAAUAGUUAAACAUUAUUUCGAAGAAUCGUGGGUGUAAAAGAAAGUAUUUGGCGUUAGGCUUUUGACUAUAAAAAUGGUGCGUAAGAAAACUUUUUGUCAACGUGUCUUCGUCAUCGGCACAGCGGCAGUUUGUGCGUACACCUUUCGUUUUCUAAUUCUGGCGAAUGUUUCGCCAAUUAUCAAUAAUCAAAAUUUACCUUUACCAAUUGUUGCCUUGACCUCUAAGACACUUAUUGAGUCUCUGGGAAACAGUAUCAAACAAGUUCGUCCUAAAGCUAACGAGCAUGACAAACUUGUGAGUUAUCCUUGGAAGGAUGAUCCAACUUGCAAAAAAUUUACUGUUCAGUUGGCAGAUAGAGAUAGCCUUCCUAAAUGGGCGUUGACAUCAUUUCCCGGUAGCGGCGUCACCUGGACGAGGCAGAUGAUUGAAGGUAUUACAGGUAUUUACACAGGCUCAAUUCAUGAACAGGAUCCUCCUCCAGUACAAUUGGAAGGAGUAGGCCUUGAUCAACUCGGUAUUAGAGACGAUCCUUUUUGUGGAUGCACUAUAAUUGACAAGGAUCAUGAAGCAACAAUCACUGUAGAUGGAAUGGUUGAUUAUUUUCGACUACUUUACAUCGAGGGCUAUUCGGAUAUACUUCGAAAUGUAUAUGACUACCGAGGUGUUCUUCUACUGCGAAACCCGAUGGAUGUUGUUUUCACGUAUCGGCAUUGGCAGCUAGCAGGGAAAGUAGGGAAGGCUCCCCAAGAAGCUUUCCGGGGACCACAAUGGAAUAAAGUCGUAAAAUUUGUUGCCUACGCUUGGGCGGACCAUGCCAUCCGCUGGAUAGAGCAAAUCGAGAAGGGAACUGUCAUAUUUUACGAGCAGUUACUUGGUCGCAACGCAUCUACAGAAUUGGAGCGACUUUUUGACGCUAUGGAUUUCAAGCCGAGACCGCUAGAUCCGGACCGAAUGCGAUGCACGCUGGAUCACAGAGAUCGCGCCGACCAUAAGAGGUUGAACAAGAGUUGGAUGCCGUUGGAGGAAGAGCAAAGGCUAUUAUUUAUAGAAUCAAUCCAUCGAGUCCAACAAAGCCUUCGACGGCGAAACUGGCCACAGCUUCCUGUACAUCUGUACGACCUUCAUGGCCUUUAUAAUCAAACCAUCCUUUGAUUCAAAGCACUAGAAAUUCUCUAUACGAGCAUCGCAGACUUCCGUGUGCCGAGGUUACUCGACACACCCAAACCAAGUAAAGGUUUGCUGAUUACAUGUGGUUAAUCAUACACAUUCGACCAAUCCAUCAGAAGAUAUCUACUCACAAGCGCACCUGUGAUUAUAAUUCGAUAUACGUUUUGUACCUCCGGCUAUUCUUUUGAUCUGGCUGGAGAAUGGUUGUAGGCUUCAACAAAUCGUAGCAUGUUCAACUUGAUACACUCUGCGAUGAAUCACUCUCUUAAAUUCGUGUUGAUAUCAACGAGUUGACUACAAUUGCAUACAUAAUACCAGGGCGAACUAAAAUUGAAGCUUCUCCGUUAGGUUUCACAUUAUUUAUGAUUUUUUUUUGCAGUAAAUUGUUUCAUAUCCAAGAAGGAAAAGGGAAAUACAAAAAAAUGAAAUUUGUAA